AAAUCUGAGGAAGCAAGAAGCUUUUUCGUAACAAUCCAGAGCAAAGCGAAUUGGAAAGGAUGUUUGGAAGAAGGAGGUUCCUGUCGUUCCCCUUGGUGAUUGGAGCUGUCAUUAUUGGAGUUGUUUCUGGGAAGGCAAUUUUUGGACCCCCACUUGAUGAUUACUGGAAAAAGAAGCUUCAGGAAGAGGCAUCCGCAAAAGAGACAGAUGCAAAAUCAAGUUAACAGAUGGCUUAUUGAAUUGCAUCUUCUAUGGUUGUUUGUAAAUGGUGGCGUGAAGGAGUCUAUCAUCCCACUUGCCUUUUGAGGCUGCUUAAACUGUGUCUGAAGGCUUGCUGCCCUUCACAUUUCACAUUAUGGAAUGGACAAAAAGCAGUUAGAUGAAGGCAGUUAUUUCCUUGAUGCAUUCUGCCUAUUGUAUGGCUUAUGCAUGGAAUAACAGAAUAAGCAACUUCAUUUGCGGAAGGAAACAUCAAUUAAAUACCAUCAUGAAUGUUGUUAACUUUAUCAGUUGGAUAAUUAUGCAGUUUUGUGGCAAUUGAAAUACCCUUUU